GAACUGAUGCUGGGGAAGCACCGGAAGAGGAAAAUCAACCCCCCCCUCUACCCAGUCCACCCGAACGAGGAGAAAAAAAAAAACCUGAAUAAUUUUAUAACGUACAAGGAUCUGAAGAUACGCUGGAGAAACACAUCCAAAAAUUACAGAAAAAAAGUUACCAUUGCGAGGAAGUGGAAGAACUUACAUUGCCUCCUUCCGAUGAAUAAACAUUCAUGCAUUUUUAUUUUGCACAAAAAUUUGCCCUAUACUCGUUUUAAAGGGAAGGAAGGAGUCCGUGCUGAGGGGGCAGAGAGCUUCUCUCCUCAGCGGAGUGAUGCAGCCCCCGCGGGGGGGGCCAUCAAACAGAUAGGCGACAAGCGCGAGGGGGCAGUUCCUAAUGGGGUCGCCACCCCGCAGAGUGGAAAAAUGAAUAACACGCAAAGCAGGGGGAGGAAGGCCAAAAAUCGGAAUCCGACACGGGUGCGCCACUCAGGGGAGGAGAAGGAGGAGGAAGGUAAGCUAGAUGAACCAAAUCAAGUGAGUCACCCCUACGAGGUGGAUCCCGUCCCCCAAGGAGCAUCCACAUUCGAGCUGAACUACCACGAGGUACCUCCCCCAGAUGUGCAACACCUCCUCCGCAAAGGAUCAGAAGAUCUGUUUUGUAUUUUCAAGUCAAAUUUUAUAAGUGAACAUAAGGUAACAAUUGGCGAUAUUGUACAGACAGAAAAAUUACAUAGAAAGAAAGCAGGCGAUAUCGUAUACUUCGGAACGGUCCUACUUGUGGGCUCUCAGCAUUUUACAAUUAUUGGGAAACCCACAGUGCCCUACUGUACAGUGAAAGCUACAGUAGAGCAAAUAACCCUAAGCAAAGAAAUUUUGAGCUUCCGAUAUAAAAAGGUGAGAAGAUCAAGUAGGUUCCUCCGAAUCAAACACUGGAUUACUAUCCUCAAAAUCGAUGAUAUCAUCAUCGACACAAAGCAGCAAGUGAAAGAUGAACGGAAGAAACCUCUUCAAAUUUUGGACUUAUGGGCAAAUAGAUGGCUAUACGAAAAGGAGUUGAAUUUUAUUAAGUUUAACGAAAGUGGCACUGCCCCUUUGGCGGAACAGAUUUACGAUCUAGUUGAACACCAACCUAAUACUUUACAUCGGAGGGGACUUACCGACUGCUACCGCUUUUACCCUGACCCGAAGGUCCCCCACACGUAUUAG